AUGUUUUGCGAGCGAGGGUUCUUUCAAAGCACUUCACGUGGGCAUGCCCAUGGCAACAGGGUCUUCAAUUGUCUCGAUUCUCCACUUUUCCAGCAGCCCCGGACCCAUCUGGCCCCACUCCAAGAAGCCCACGGCAAGGAAGCGGACAAAAAACUUGCGCUUGCCACCAAGGCACAGCUGUUUCGGCGCAUCGUUCUCUUCGUGAUCCCGGGGUAUCUUCUGGUGGUGGUCGGAUGUUUGGCCCGAAACCUGUGUGCACCCACAACCAGUGACGCCAAGGACUGCAGUGGACAAGGCCGAUAUGAGCAGAGCUUCGAUUCGCCGGGCCCUCAGCAGCGCUGCGUCAGGAUUGCCGCAUUUGUCAUGGCGCCCUCUGCCGUCCGGUGGUUCGGGGCGAGUACUGAGAUGUUACCGUUCGCGCUGGCCUACCUGCAGGUUCGUGCCUUUUUCAUGGUCAUGGGCCGUGUUCGCGACAGUUGCAACGUAGUCUGCUUGGCAGAGAAGGAUUCUGUGACCCCUUUUGUGGCGUCCGUGAUCGCUUUCGUGGCCAACGUGCUUGGAGAUCUGCUCCUUUGUCCAAAAUAUGGCGCCUUUGGAGCUGCUGUUGCAACGGAUGUGGCCACGUCGGUGGCUGCAGGUUUCACGCUACAAAGCUUGCGGCACUCCGGGCUCUGGCCAAAGAAGUUUCCGUGUCCGGGCAGGAGAGAAAACAAGCAUUUUGCAAAGUAUGCCUUCAACCUUUUUUUAAGCGCGGUCGCCUUGCUGAUGAUCCUCAUCUCGGAGACACGUUUGGCCUCGAAGAUGGGCACUACGUCGGGCGCCGCGCACCAGAUUCUCGAUGCAAUUUGGCGCAUUGCUGGCCUCUCGCUGAGUCUGCCGAUGGAGUGGGCAGGCCAGACGUUCCUGACCAAAGACCUCACGGGUGCAGAAUGGAGGCACAUCGCUUCGAUGAUUUCAACCGUUGCGGUGUGCUUCUCCCUUCUGAGUGCAGGAUGCGUGCUGGUUUUCCUACGCUUUCGCGUCGACUGGUUCACGAGGGAUCCGCUUGUUCAAGCUGAUGUGUUCUACAGCACCCCCAGUGUGGCCAUGUGUUCUGGACUGAUUGUUCUCUCGCAGACCCUGAUGAGCUACCUGAUCAGUCUCGGCAAGGUGCAUUUCGUUCCGAUCACGGGUGGGAUGCUGGUGGCCUUGUUUACUGCGAGCAGUUACAUUCUGUACUUGAAUGGUGGCGCGCCGAAGUUAUGGGCAAUCAGGUUGGAAGGCGUUUCACGUUGUGCUCUCCGCUUUCGAUUUCGGAUUAUGGACAGCUCAGGGGACGGACUGGGAGGCACUGUCGUAGCACACUGGGACCCGGUUAAGGCUCUGGGGCCACGGCGUUGA